AUAAUUUUUUUAAAAAUGUAUACUUUAGGCGAUCCGUUUAACGCAACAUCAGAUACCGAUCUUCGUUUAUUCGUUACAUCCGUUACGGAUGGAAUUUAUAAGUGCGGAGAAGGAGAGGAAGUGAAAGUUGGUAACGCAACAAUAAAAAUAAAAAACGUUUUUUUAAUCGAAUUUUAUAAUAACAGCGAUAUUUCUGCGCCCAAAGAAGAGCUAUGCUCCGGCCAAAAACAAACUCCAACGUUUCCUUACGUUUUAAGGGAUAAAAACAGCAUCGUAUGUACAUUAGCAAAAAUGUCAAUUUCUUUGAAGAUACCAUACAGAAAGAACAAUACGCAAUACGAUACUGCGAUUAUAGAAGUUCCAACCACACUUAAUGUUUCCGGAACGUGUGACUCUUCAAGGGGAACUUCUACUAUGAUAUUAAACUGGAACUCAGAAGUGUCGAAAACUGAAUCGACAUUUGCAAAUGAGAAAACAAAUACAAUUGUACUCCAUUCACAGAGAGACGAUAUAGACAGCCACGUUUCUGUGAUUACUGCUAACAUUUUUAUAGAUACGACGCAUUUUAAUGAUGCUCAGAACGUAGGUGAAGUCAUUCAGAUGGUUGCGCCAUUUAAGAAUCUCUUUUCCGCACCCGCCAAAAAUGGAAUCCAUAGCUGCCCUGAAAAAGUAUUUACGACGAUAGGAGGAAUUACCGUAACCAUGCGCAAUGUUCUCUUAGUCGCCUUCGAUGCCCAACAAGAUUUCGCAUCGAAACAAGUAACCGACUGUAGAAGUGUAUAUUUUGAACGUGACUUCACGUAUAUUGUACGGCGAAAUGAUACUGGUAUACCUUGCACCUUGGCGAGAAUGUCGAUUGACGCAACAGUACUGUACAAAAAAGUAAAUUUACAGAAUAAUAGAACACUAAACGUCCCAUCUACAGCUGUUGUUAGCGGUAAUUGCAGUAAUAAAUCUUCUGAAAUGACACUAAGUUGGUCAGAAUCAGACAAAAAUAAUACGAUGAAUACAAUUACAUUUCAUAUUGGUAAAAAUGAGACUAACUUCUUCGUUUAUCAAGUAGCGGCCACCGUGUAUUAUAAUAAAGAUGAUAAAACAACAGCUAUACAGGGGGAGUCAUAUAAUAUGCAGGAUCUGUUUUCGGCAUCUGGGAAUAACGGACUUUAUAAUUGCACAAGUCUUAUUCACGAAAUAAAGAUCGAUGAUAUCUACUUAAAAAUAACCAAUGUUACAUUUAUCGCAUUCAACACCGAAACAUACUUGAGCUCGAAAACAGUGACACAGUGUUCUACCAACUCAGGCGGAGAUACACCUAUACCUUCUGUAACAGGCUAUUCUUACGUAGUGACAAAUAAGGAAAAUGUGCCUUGCAUCGCAGCUAAUAUGUCGAUUUCUAUAAAAGUACCUUACAUAAUAAAAAAUACAUCUACAACGAACCAAACGACUUUGAUAGUACCGAUUGGAAAGCAAGUAAAUGUAAAUGGCACGUGCGAGAAUGAAAAAUCUAUAAUGAAUUUAAUUUGGACUGAGAAUCCAAAAGCUAAUUCCCAGUACGAAAACAAAGAAAAUAAGGUUACGUUUAAUUUUGUGAAUGACAGUUCAAAUUAUUUCAUUCGAUCUAUGAACCUGUCUAUUUACUUAGAUGAUUAUAAUUUUCCUGGAGCUAACGCUACCGGUUCAUAUAUAAAUGUCAUAACGGAAAACAUCGACAUAUUCUCCACUCCUCUAAACAAUGUGUACAAAUGCUCCGAUAAAACUUCGGUGAAUGCUCAAAAUGUCGUCAUAACUAUCAGCAAAGUUUCUUUGAUCGCGUUCAAUAAGGCGAGAAAUAUUACUUCAAGAUCAGUGAACUGUGCCAAUAAUGAGUCAACUGAUAGUAAUGUUGGAGCCAUAGUAGGUGGUAUUGUCGGAGGUAUUAUUCUCGUCGGUAUAAUUGGAUACCUAGGCGUGACGUACAAGAGAAACAGAGGAUACGGUGUUUGAUAAUAAACACCAGUAAAAUUUGUGCAAUUAUUAUCUAUUAUAGAAGUAAGUAGGUUUUAAAUUUACCAAGACAUUGCAAAAUAUCGAUAAACAAUAGGUUUUCAUUAGUGAUGGGAUCAAAUGCAGCAUGCUCAAUGUACAUAUUGACGAACAGACCCAUAUGAUGUACCAACACGCUUACAUAUGGCGCUGGGAAACUGCAUACUACUUUCGUUAAUUAUCCUGCUUUAGGAAACAAUUCGAUGUUUCGACCACCCUUUACGUUCCGUCACGGUUACGCCCACCCCAAUUAUCUCGUUUACUUGUCAAACUUCAAUAUUCUUUACGUCAUGUGAACGGUCGUGUGAACCAAAAAUCGAUUUGAAUGCAAAAUAGUAAAAUUGCACGACAAUUUUAUACUUUCGAAAACAAAAUUAUUUGCAGUAAUAUGAGUUUUUCAUCUUGCGUAUGCUUCUUGAUAUACCAAAAAAAAAAAAAAAAAUAAAUGGUAUCUAUGAAUAAGUGAUAGAAUACGUCGUUUAAUGUAAACCCUGGUAAAUAUAAGACCGGAAAAAGAUCGUAUUUCA